GAGGACCCGAGUGUUGAUUUCUCAUAUUUUUUUUUUUUUUUAAAAAAAGAAAAGACAAAACACCUUAUUUUUUUUUACCUUUCUUUAAUCAACAAGUAUAUUAGUGAUAAAACAAAACAACAUCAUCAGUCAUUUUUAUUUAUAUAUUUAUUGGAGUUUCAAGUCGUUCUUCUACCUAUUUAUAAUCAUCCAUCCAGUGUAAUGUGGAGAUCAUCAUCACCUACUAAUCCAUCCGCCACAUCGUUCUAUGCUAGCAAAACGAAACCUAUUUCGAUACAAUCCACUUCAUCCAUGACGGUGAUGCAUGAAGACGAUUAUCCUACUCCGGUAACGACUUAUUAUGCAUCUCCACCUCCACCUCUUUCUUCGUCUAUCUCUUCAUCAUCCACUUCAUCAUCAUCAUCAUCCACUUCAUCAUCACCUUUACAACAACCACAACAACCAAGAAAAGGUUCGAUUGCAUCCUUACUCAAUUCUACAGGCGAACUUCAACGAUUAGAUCAAGAAGAAUGGUCUACUAAUUAUCAAACACAUUUUACCACCAAAGAUUUUUCUAUGAUGGUAGAUGAUGAAGAAGGUAUCAAUCAACCCUCAUCUCAUAUGGCGUAUCCUAGUAACAAAAAAGGAUUACGGUUAUUCAGUCAACACGUAUGUGAUAUUCUUCAACAACGAGGUCGAUCAACUUAUAAUCAACUGGUACAACAAUUAAUUGAAGAAUUGAAUGAAACACCUUCCUUUGAAUCCACAUGUGAUCCAAAGAAUAUUCGUCGACGUGUUUAUGAUGCACUUAAUGUCUUGAUGGCCAUCGAUUUCAUCACAAAGGAUAAAAAAGAAAUCCGUUGGAAAGGUGCCGUCUAUUGUCCAGAUAAUGAUUUCAAUGCAUGGGUUGCUUCUACAGAUUCAUUUUAUGAUGAUGAUGAUGAAAGUGAUGAUGAUAUGAUGUUGGUGGAACGCGAUCUUUUACGUGAAGAACAAAGGUACCAGGAUCUAACUCGACAAAUUGAUAUGAAGCGAAAGGAGAUUGAAGAUCAAAUGCAACAAAAGUACGUUCCAAAUUGUCAACACAGGUUACCCGAUCCUCCUUCUACUUCCUUUGCAACAUAACUUUAUCUACCUUAUCAACUUUUAUACCCCUUACCUCUCGUUUUUUUUUUAUAUGACCCAAAAUAGUCACUCCUUUUUUUUUUUGUGUAUUUACAGUUCCUCUUUUCAAUUAUCUAUGCCCUAUUUAUGUAUUUCCUUACGCACAAACACUUUUUUUUUUUUCAUAUCAAUUAAUCACUCGCACAACCCAUGCACACAUACACACUCUCUCACUCACAUACACAUAUGUAUAUAUAUGUAUAUAUACAUUACACACACAACACAUACACCAUAUCACCUACAAAACAAACACUCAUUCUUCACAUAUAUAUAUAUUAUAUAUGCUUACAUACACACACACACACAUACAUACACCAUGUUCCCUUUGUCUUUCUUUUACUAUGUAAAACUACGUAAAAUCAAUAAAGGCCAUUCUUUUUUUUUUUCUUCAAA